GGGUACAAAUAGAACUCGUCGGCUAAUAUUUGCACAAUAUUUGUAAAAUGUCCAAAAAGCCCCUACAAAACUAACGAAAUUCAAAGUUAAAUAAUCUCUCUCUCUUUCAUCCAUUUUUGGCGCCAAAAUGCCGAAAAAUACGGAAGAAGAUGAACACUGGGAAGAAGCUCUCGACGUAGACGACGAUCAAAUCCCCUUUCUCAAACCUUGCAAGCGUCCAAAACCCUCUCUUCUUCCCAACCCCAACCCCUCAUCCUCAUCUCCUCCUUCUUCACGCCGGCAGUUCCUCAUUCCCGGCCCAGCCGGAGCCGUACAAUUAGCCAUGGAACGGAAAUCUCGGGAAGACGGUAUGUUGUUCUAUGAGGAUCUCAUUCCUACUCAGGAGUACAUUAGGAAGGUUAUUGAAGAUGGCGAUGCUAGUGAAGAUGAGGAUUUUAGGGCUGAUCCGUGGCUUUCAGCUUUGGAUUUUCUACGAACGGAAGGUAUGGUGGAUGGUGAUUGUUCAGUUCCUGGAACGCCAUUGGGUUCUAUCAAGAAGGGGUUUCGUAGUGACAGAGCAGCUCUGGUUGUUGCUAUAAUCAAGUCAUGUACUCCAAAUGGUCUUGGUAGUUUGAUGGUAACUCUUAAGGAUCCCACAGGUACAAUUGAUGCUAGCAUUCACCACAAAGUUCUUUCUCAAGGAGAGUUUGGGAAGAUCAUAUCCAUUGGUUCCGUUUUGAUUCUCCAAAAGGUGCCUGCUUUCGCUCCUUUUCGCUCUACAUUCUUUCUCAAUAUCACCUUGAACAAUGUAAUCAAGGUCAUUUCAAAGGAUACUGGUCCUCCCAUUGAACACAAUUAUGCUCCAUCACUAAGAUAUGCUGCAAAAAGUUCUGAGAGCAAUGAAAGAUCACAUACAGCUGAACCAGUGAUUUCACAGAAAAGAACCGAAGGAAUUAUGAGUAGUCUGAACAAGAACAGAGUAGUAGAUCUUUCCGAGAACAGUAGCUUUAUUAGCAAUGAACACUGCAGAAACUCACUUGGUAAUGCUGCUGAGAAAGAAUGUUCAUUCACAAACACUCCGGUUCUAAGUAGUACACUUUCGAGUAACCGAGCAACUGUGGCAGAUGAACAGCCUAGCGAUUGUGAGCGAUCUAGAGCAGACAAUUCAUCUUGCAGGGUUGAAACCGCAACCACAGCUACUGCACAAAACUUGGUUGAAGUCUCUGCUGGUGACAAAGAACCUGAGAAGGAAUUUGGUAGUGAAAACCUGAGAAAGGUGUCGGGUUCAACAACCUCAAUGCCAGACUGGACAGACGAACAACUCGAUGAGCUUUUCGAGUUUGAUGAUUGACAUAAAGGCAAGGAGAAUUGAUUUUUCACUAGUUUAGAAUAGUAAUAGAUAUGUGCAUUGGACUUAGAAAUAGGUAAGUUUUUGUUGUAAAAACUAGAAAGUUUUACAUAAUCUCAUUGUAAAUCUUUCACCAAAACUGUGUUUUUGUGAAAAGAAAAGUGGUUUCAGUUCA